GCGCCUAGCUUUCUUAGCAACCUGUCUCGUUUCCCCGUCCUCGAAUGCUGUUGUCGCGCGGACGUGGUCUCGCCUUGUUCCCAGAGAGCACCAUGUCGUCGAUGCGGAGCCCAGGAUCAGGUCUGGUCCCUCGGGUGGCCCGCUCAUUACCCCGGACUCGACUCCAGAUCCACCCUCAUGCCCGCCCGGGGCUCCCAUGCCAGCGACGACCCGCCGUCCCCGUCCUCCCCGUCCUCCCCGUCCUCCCCGUCCUCCCCACGGGGAACGGGAGCAAGCGAACAGUCGCCACCUUCACGCCUCCGUACCAGUCACAAGCAAUCUCCACGAUCCAGUCCACCGUAGACACGAGCAGCGAUGAGUUCAAGGAGAACCAGCGGGCCAUGGACGAGGCCAUGGCGCGCCUGGCCGAGCUCACGCGCAAGGUCCAGCAGGGCGGGUCGCCGGCGGCCAGAGACAAGCACCUGGCAAGGGGCAAGAUGCUGCCGCGGGACAGGGUCACGGCCCUGAUAGACCCGGGCACCACCUUCAUGGAGCUGGGCGGGCUGGCUGGCCACGAGCUGUACCCGGAGGCUGACGUCCCCGCCGGCGCCAUCAUCACGGGCGUGGGCGUCGUGGAGGGCGUCACAUGCGUCAUCGUUGCCAAUGACAGCACUGUCAAGGGCGGCACGUACUAUCCCAUCACCGUGAAGAAGCACCUCAGGGCCCAGGCUGUUGCUCACGAGAACAAGUUACCUUGCAUCUACCUCGUGGAUUCUGGCGGCGCGAACCUGCCCCACCAGGCCGAUGUUUUCCCAGACCGCGAUCAUUUCGGGCGCAUCUUCUACAACCAGGCACGCAUGUCCGCGGCUGGGAUCCCGCAGAUAUCCGUCGUCAUGGGACCCUGCACGGCAGGCGGCGCCUACGUGCCCGCCAUGUCCGACGAGAGCAUCAUUGUGCAGGACCAGGGCCACAUCUUCCUCGCGGGCCCGCCUCUGGUCAAAGCUGCCACCGGAGAGACGGUCAGCGCAGAGGAACUUGGCGGCGGCAAGAUGCACUCGAGCGUCUCGGGUGUGACCGACUACCUGGCUGUGGAUGACGCCCACGCCCUCGUGCUAGCGAGACGGUGUGUCAGUAAUCUGAACUGGCCUCACAGGUCAGGCCCGCCGCAGCAAGAGACGGCAUUCUCCGAGCCGCUCUACCCCCCGACUGAGCUCUUGGGCAUAGCAUCCACCAACCUCCGAAAGCCGCUUCCCAUCCACGAGGUGAUUGCCCGUGUGGUCGACGGUUCUGCCUUUGCCGAGUUCAAGCGCGACUACGGCAAGACACUGGUGACGGGAUUUGCGAACAUCUACGGUCAACAGGUCGGCAUCGUUGCCAACAACGGGAUCCUCUUCUCCUCUUCUGCCCUAAAAGGGGCCCACUUCAUCGAGCUGUGUAGCCAGCGGGGUAUCCCACUUGUCUUCCUGCAGAACAUCAGCGGCUUCAUGGUCGGCAGCGACGCCGAGAGGGAAGGCAUCGCAAAGAACGGCGCGAAGCUCGUCACAGCCGUGGCUUGCGCCGAUGUCCCCAAGUUUACAGUAGUGGUCGGCGGCAGUUACGGUGCUGGCAACUACGGCAUGUGUGGGAGGGCGUACUCGCCGCGCUUCCUGUGGAUGUGGCCCAACGCUAGGAUCGGCGUGAUGGGUGGAGAACAGCUGGCCGCAGUCAUGGAAACCGUGGGCAAGACAGUUGAUAAGGGGCUGAAGGAAAGAAUCGAGAAGGAGAGUGACGCUGUCUACUCGAGCGCAAGAUUAUGGGAUGACGGAGUCAUUCCACCACAACACACGAGGCGAUACCUAGGCCUGGGUUUGCGCGCUGCCAUGUCCGGCCGGAAUGAAGUUAGACCUGGCGGCACAAAAUUUGGCGUUUUCCGAAUGUAGCUGAAAAUUCAAACUCGACCAACGAGACUCCUUGACAACAUCUUGGUUCCCAUGUCCUCGCCGAGGUGCAUCUCCUGGGCCACUCACUGAUUCAUUUCCAUUGAUACUGAAUACGUAGCGAUGCAGGAAUGCAGAAAGGUUCCACUAUAUCAGUCCGGGUAUUAGACCUUGGGAGACAGCCGACAAACUCCCUCGGAAUCACGGUGUUUUGGAUAGACUCGCAGGAGAAGGGAACUUGGUCUGGUUUCCAACUGGAAGACUACACCCUUCAAUGGAGACUUCGACGAUAAGAUUUGCAAUACAUUACAGGUGUUGGGUCUUGAGUGCUUACCACCGUAUGAAGGCGCCAUGUAUGUCCUCGGACGUAUACGGAAUAGAAGCGAAACCACAUAUUCUAGAUGGACGUCGUGCAAAGAGAUAAGUUCGGCGCUGGUGUUUCUCGACGAGGGACGAGUCCGCAUUUACAAGAUGGCGCCAGCUAUGUUUUCCGAACGAUGAUCGGCUGUGUAGACCAAAUUUUGGAGCACUUGAUUCAAAAAUGAGUUUUCAAGCAAUCACAAUAGUCCAUCCAUCAAUGCUAAGCGUCGGUCAGAUUGCAA